AUGGAAAUAAUAAAACCAUGGAUACAAAAAGAUUCAAACAAAUCAACCACAUUUCAAAUUACUAGGAGUUGUCAUACUCCAAAUAAUGACAACAGAACAAGAAUUAUACAUAAUGAUAAAAUUAAAUUGAAGGAGGAAAUUAUAAAAAUUCUAGAGGAAAAUAACGCUGUACAUUCAAAAAUAAAUACAUUAGCAAAUUCAGAUAUUAUUGAGAGUUCUAAAGCAGCAGAAGAAAAUGAAAAAUUAACAAAUGAUGCGAUAUCGAAAUUAAAAGGACAAAUUGGUGUCUUGAGAGAGGAAAGAGAUACAAUCCAAACGUUGUGGAAAACCUCUCAGGAUACAAUUUCAAGUUUAGAAAAAGAAAUUAUUAGUUAUCGAAAUCAAUUAUUUAAACCAAAUGCUAUUACUGAAAUUAAACAAAAAUAUACAAAUACAAUAGAAUUGCUAGAAUCCACAAUUAAAAAUGUAAAAAAAGAAUUGGAUAAACAAAUUAAUAUUAAUAAAGAACUAAUAAAAGGAAAAAAUUUUAUUGAGGCUAGAUUAAGAACAACUGAAAAUAAACUUUCAGAACGUGAGAAACAAUUCGUUGAAGCAAAAAAUAUUGAAAACAAUUACUUAUCUGUUAAAGAACAAUUAGAAACAAUUAUGAAAUCCAAUGAAAAUUUGGAAAAUUCUUUGUUUGUAGCGAAGAAAUUAAUUGAUGAAAGAUUCUUUCGAGAGAAACAGGCGUUGGAAAAAGUCCAGGAAGCUUUAUUAAUCGCUGAAAAUGCUAUUUCUGAAAAAGAAGAUGCUUUAAAAAGAGAAAUCGUUAUUCGCGAAGAAUGUGAUCAUUUAGCUUCCACUAUAGGACAGGUAAUGGAGGAAGCUGCUUUAAAAGUUGACCGAGAUGUAAACAAAUUGAAAAAAUCAUAUCAAAUAAAAAUUGACAAACUAAAAGAGGACCAAAAACAAAUAUUAUCAGCUUUGGAAACUCAGAAAAAAAUGACUCAACGUACUGAAAUAAGAUGCCAAAGCUUAGAAAAUAAAAUUAAAGAAAUCUUAUCAGAAAAUGUGUCUUUAGAAACUGAUGUUCAAGUUGCUUCCCAAGCUAUAAUAGAAUUAGAGUUAAAGCUCGCAGCAAUUGAAAGCUUAAUGGACCAUGACAAAAAAAUGACAAAAGUUUCGGAAGAACGGGAGAAAGAGAUUGAGGAAUAUUUGCGACAAAACCAGCAUAUAAAAGAAAAGUGGAAAAAUAUAAUUGAAGACAUUACAUCUCAGUUCGAAAAGGAAAUUACACUUAUGCAGGACGAAAAUAUUUCCUUAAAAGCUGAAAACGAAGAAUUGAAAAUAAAAUUAAUGCAGCUAAACUAGAAAUAAUAUUAUAAUUUACAUUUAAGUUUUUGUUACAUACUUUUUUUUAUAUAAUACUCGUAUAACAUUUUUGAAAAAGUAAAACAU